AUGCAUAUACUCCCCUACAUGUUACCAGUUCUCCUGACGGCGUCGGCAGCCAGCAUCGCCCGCAGUAAAACGGAGCAUGUCGAAGAUAUCAUGGUGUACCUCGACGGGCCUACUGCCGAUGGAUCGGCAGGCAUAGGUGUCGAGUUGGAGAGUCCAUUCUUCAAAUUUGCACACCCUGGCUGUUCGAUGGACAACACCAACGCGGCAAAGAAAGCGGUGGUUGACAAACGUCGGGGCACAAACUGGUUGUUAACGGCCGACACGGGGGUCGACCCCGGGAAACUCAACGCCGAGUUCAUUUUUGACGGCCAAAAAAUCAAAGUCGGGACUGGAGAGCUUGCAAAGGCUGGAAAAGCAGCAGCAGACGAUCUGGUAAAAUGGUACCCAUGGCAAAAACCGCAGACCGAAGUGCAGAUUGAGAAUAACAAGUGCAACCCAUGGAAGAUUACUAGCCCAACUAUCAAAGAUAAACCAGAGAAUGUGCCAUGGGACCCCCAGGUCACUGCGCCAAUGCCCCUUGAGGCACUGUACAGCAUUAUGCAGAUGCAUAGCAGCAACAAGGCCCACGUUCUCAAUGGAAUUAUGCUUAGAACAGACUAUUUUAUCCUCGUUACCAAAACAUAUUUCACCGCUGUCAAGGAAAUCAACCAGGCCGCGCUUUCGGAUGAUGUGCUUGCAUUCUGCUCCUUGGUCUUAUCAUAUGCGAAAUCCUUGGACGGCAAACCACUUAAGCCGGACGAGAGUCCUAAGCUGCGCACGCCCUUCAUGCCUCGAAAUGAUUUUGUUACCCUCUACAACCAAGUCGAGUCUAAGCUCAAGGGCAUUCCUCUUUUACCUCUCUUUGAGAAGCUCGCAUGCUACAAAGUGUCAGCUGGCAGGCUUGCGCUUGACAAGAAAUUCUGCGCCGGGACGGCCAAAGCUCCAGUGCCCAACAAGGAGUUUGCCGGCCUCACGUUCAAAAAUACGGCGGCCAAGUCUGCUGCCGCCACCCUGACCGUCAAGGACUGGAUUGACGGGAUCGCCGACAAGAAAGACUUGCUUACCUCCUUUGACAAGACCAUUGAUGGUUCCAUUGGAGGCCUUGGAUCCAAGACGGAGAAGAUAUACCAAGGGACUCGCAAUGUGCCUUUGUUCGAAUUCCGAGACCUUAAGGACAUCAAAACUUCCGAGAUCGAGAAGUUUAUGACUGACGUCGACAAGGCUGUCCAAGAUCUCCACAAGAAAUACAAAGACGCUCCUAAAUAA